AUGCCACGUAGAGCCAUGAGCAACAAGGAAGAAGAGACCACGACUCGAAAAGCAGCAAAAACUGUUGAAGAGAAAUAUGCAGAUGUCACAUUACGCAUUAUCGAAGACCAUGGUGAUGAGUUCGGGCCCCUGAGUCCUGAAAAGGAGAACAAGUUACGCCGAAAGUUGUACUUGAAUAUUAUGGUUUUGCUGUCUGCGAUUAAUAUUGUACUGUUUAUUGACAAGUCUACACUUGGUUACGCAGCAAUUCUUGGGCUUUUCGAAGAGACGGGCAUUUCCAAAAAGCAGUACAAUGAUCUAAAUACUGUGUUCUAUAUCGGCUACCUUGCCACGCAAUGGCCCGGACACUAUCUAAUGCAACGUCUCCCCUUCGGAAACCACCAAGUUCGCCGGCCUGGUAGUCCUCCGACUUGCCUUGGUGCGGUUGAGGCGGUCAUUGUACCCGCGAUGGAGAUGACUAUCGGCAUGUUCUUCAACCGUCAAGAACAAUCAUUUCUCCAGCCAAUCCUCUGGGUAACUUGCCAAGGAGCCCCCAUCGUGGCAGGUUUCAUCGCAUACGGUUUACUCUACAGUCAUGGCGCAGUUCUUCCUUGGAAGCUUUUCAUGAUCGUCACCGGCGGAAUUACCUUCUUUCUUUCUAUCUGGGUUUGGUUCUGCUACCCGAGUAAUCCAGCCGAAGCUCGGUUCCUGACUUUGGAAGAGAAAGUGCAUGUUAUCCGCCGAGUGCACGACUCCAGCCAGAGCUCGAUCGAACAAAAGCAGUUCAAGAGAUCUCAGUUCGUCGAAACCCUGCGCGACCCUGUAUCCUGGCUCUUCGCACUGCAGGCUUUCACUUUGAUGUACUCAAACAAUCUCACCUAUGGCCAACAGAACCUUCUCACAACUUCUCUCGGCGUUUCCCAACUGGGUUCGACACUCGUCGCUGUGGCAGGGGGUGGCUUCGGUGUCGUACUUUGUAUCGUUGCCACCUUCGUAUUAAAAUGGUUUCCGAAAUAUCUGGCCAUCCAUGGGCUCUUCUGGUGUCUCCCUGCUAUCGCUGGCGGAAUCGGAAUGGUGGCAAUUUCCUGGGACAACAAACUCGCACUCUUAGCCUGUAUGCUUCUCGCGGGACAUACAUACGGUAUCACCUAUAUCAUCGCACUCGGCUGGACGACGUCUUCAGCAGCUGGGUAUACUAAGAAGCUCACACGCAAUGUGAUGUUCAUGCUCGGCUACAGCGUUGGGAAUCUCGUAUCACCGCAGAUCUGGGUACCCAGCGCUGCACCCAGAUACUAUGGUGCAUGGGUAUCCAUGAUAGUGAUUAGUUGGGCGGGGACGCCCGCCAUCUUAUUUAUCAUUUGGUUUAUUCUAGCGCGGCGAAACGAGGAACGAAGAAAGUGGAUGGCGGAACUGAGUGAUAGCGAGCGGGAGGAGGGCUGUGUGGAACAGCUGGAUGAGAAUGGGCAGAUUAUCCGAAGGAAAGUUGAUCUUGCGAUGCUGGACUUGACUGAUUUGGAGAAUAAAUUCUUUAUUUACCCUCUCUAA